AUGAUCCCUUCAACUUGGGAUGAGCUGAGAAUACAAGCUCGCAUACUGGAAAGUGAAAUUGACGCCAAGCUAGCCGCUUUUGGAAAGAUUGGUGCCCGUCCAAUUGAGCACAAACACCCUCCACGCUUUAGUACUUCUGGGAUAUUCGACAAUAGUAGUUCCACUCAGACAUCUACAUGCCACGAACAUUUUGACGCAAAUUUCAGCGUAAUGUGCACUGAAAUUGAAGAACAGUUACAAAAACUCACUCAGAUCAAUGAAAGGAUGGCUACUUUUGUUCCAGAAACAGAAACCACACCUACCUCUUUUGAUUCUACCACACGGAAUCCUCUUAAUCCAACUAAUAUGGCAGCGGGUAGACUUAGUCAACUGCAUACAGCUAAAAGACAUCGAGAAAUCCUUCGUGAUUAUGCUCAGGAAUUUCGUCAAACAAAAGCUAAACUUAUUGCUGCCCGCGAACGGGAAAAUCUGUUGGGAUCUGUUUAUAGAGACACAAAUUCUACAACUGUAAAUCUCAGUGGUAAUUUCACCUCAAGACCUCAGUCUGAAGUAGAUUCUUCCGGUGGUAAUCAACGUCCUGGUGCACAAUCAAAUAUUUCAAGUUCAACACGUUUACUUUUAGAUGAACAAGAGAAAUAUCAUCGUUCUAAUCGUUUAUUAGACGAACAUUUAGCUGCAGCGUCAACAAUACGCGCUGCAUUACGUGCUCAGCGCUUUGCUCUACGCACUGCUUCAACAGGCUUAUCAAAUUUAAGCUCCCGUUUUCCACAGGUGAAAAAAUUAAUCAGUAAAAUUGACUGGCGUCAUAAACAAGAUUCAAUUGUUUUAGGGCUAGUAAUUGGUUGUUGUGUUGUGUUUCUUUUAAUUUAUCGAUUUAGCUGA